AUGAUGAAGAUUUUGAUUAGAAUUUACAAUGCUGUGCAUUUUUUUUUGAAUAUGGUUGUUGUUUACUAUAUUCUUAGUUCUCUUAGUGUUCUUUAUGGAAUAGUAACAUUGAAUGGCUUCAAUGUUUAGUGGAGUUGGGCUGCAAUGACUUGCUUUUUUUUAAAUGCGAAAUUAAAAAAAAUAGAAGGUUCACAAGAACCUGUCCGUAAUGAAAAAGCUCUUAUUUUAGUCAAUCAUAGAUCUUGGAGUGACUUCUUUAUACAUGACAAAAUGAUGGAUUACACAGCUAACUUUUUAGCAAGAUAUUUGGUCGCUGUUGCAUUCCCAAUUUCCUUACUUGCAUCACCAUUCAUGAAAACUCUUUGGUAUUUCAACAGAGAUGCUCCAAGAAAAGAUUUUAAAAAAUUCUAUAAGUGGUGUGAUGAUAAAUGGGCUGUUUCUAAAAGAAACAAUUUGCUUGUAUACCCUGAAGGUCACCGUAUGUUUGAUUCCACUAAGCCAGGACCUUUGAAAAAAGGAAUGAUAAUUUAUGCUUAUGAGAGAAAGCUUCCAGUAUAAAUAGCUAUUUGUGUGGGUAAUGAAAAUUUAAUUCACGAAAAGAAUAUUAAAGUUAAUAGAGGAUCUGAAAUGUCAUAUUUCAUUGAUAAGCCUAUUAAAUCUACUGAUUAUCAAACUUUUGAUAGCUUUUACGAGCACAUAUAAAAGAGAUUUGGCGAAGUAUUUGAAUAAGUUCAUUAGACCCACUACAAAAAAGAUAAAUGA